GCCAUUCGUUUCAUCUUUGCGCGUCAUAUGCUUGUACCAAAUUGCCACGCUUUAUAGAGGAUCUUGUAAGAGACAUUUACAAUUAUUUUUCUUCUAGUCCAAAAAGAGUGGCAGAGUUUAAAAACUUUCAAAUGUUUUGCAACUUAAAAGUACAUAAAAUACUCCACCCCUCUCAAACACGCUGGUUAUCAAUACAUGCAGCAGUAAAAAGAAUAUUGGAACAACUCUCUGCUCUAAAUUUUUUAUAGAUCAAAUCUCUAACAAUGAUCAUCUUUUAGCUGCAGAACAUAUAUUACAGAAGCUCCAAGAAGCAACUAUGAUGUUAUUUUUGGAAUUAUUAGAUUUUGUAUUACCAUUAUUUACCGAUUUAAAUAAAGAAAUGCAAGCGGAACACCCGCAAAUUCAUAAUUUAUAUGAAAAACAACUGGAACAUUAAAAACUAUUUCUGAUUGUUUUUUAAAAAGAGAAUAUUUAACUAGCACUCCAAUAGAAAAUGUUGAUUAUAAGAAUCCCAGAAAUUUUAUGGAUAUUGUCGCCGUAUACUAUGGUGCUGCUGCAUCUAAUACACUUCUAAGUAGCUCAGAAAAUCUAAACUCACGCGUUUUCCAUUGAAAAAUAGCCCAAUAAAAGGUUUAGACAUAAUUGAUCCAAAAAAUGUUAAAAUUGGUAAAACUGCUUCGAUAGUUCCUGUGAGUAGGCUCUUUCCCAAUAUUGUUCACAGCAAUGAUUUCCAGGAAACUGAUACAGAAUGGCGCAUUUUAAGAAAUUGUGAACAAAUCAAAACAUUUCCUGUUGAUGUAGAACUAUUUUGGAAUGAAGUAAGUUUAUUAAAGCGUGGCGAUGAAACUCAAAUGUUUCCAUUGUUAUCUAAUUUCGUCUUUAAUAUUUUAUCACUUCCCCAUUCAUCCGCUAACGUUGAACGCAUAUUUACACAUAUUAAUCUUUUGAAAACAAUACAGCGAAAUAGGCUGUCUACUGAAUCAAUCACUAGCCUAUUACAUUCAAAACGACUGAUUUUGAAAUUAAUUCCAAGAUGACCACGGCUAUGGCCAAAGAGUAUUGGUACCAUAAUAAAUAAUUAUACUUA